GAGCAAUCAGAACCGUCCUUACGCUGCAGCUAACUGUGUUUCCCGACUCUAUCUCUCUUCUGGAGAAUUUACUUUUAUCCGUCAUUUAAGCUCGAUUUCCUCCCUUACCAUCAUCACGCGGGGGAGAGGGCAAAUCCCUUCACCUUCACUAUGGCGACUCUUACAAUGACUGCCCCGCCGCCACCCUCCAAGUCUAGGAAAAAUGAUAAACUACCGUCGGAGAAUGAGCGCUUUAUGCGGGCCUGUUCUGAUAUUGCAAAUGCUCUGAUCCAGGAUUAUGAAUCGCAGAAAGAUCCUACCCAGCCCAAGAAGGAUAUCAACCUCAACAAGUUGCGUGGUCAGAUAGCGAAAAAGCAUCGCUUGGGCACCCAGCCGCCGUUGACGGCCAUUAUUGCUGCGGUUCCUGAACAUUACAAGAAAUAUAUCCUUCCCAAGCUCAUUGCAAAGCCCAUCAGAACGUCCUCUGGUAUCGCCGUCGUUGCUGUCAUGAGCAAACCGCACCGUUGCCCUCAUAUCGCUUAUACGGGAAACAUCUGUGUCUACUGCCCUGGUGGUCCAGAUUCUGACUUUGAAUACUCCACACAGUCCUACACCGGCUACGAGCCGACAUCGAUGCGAGCGAUCCGCGCCCGCUAUGACCCGUUUGAGCAGGCUAGAGGACGAGUGGACCAGAUCAAAUCUCUUGGACACAGUGUCGACAAGGUUGAGUACAUUAUCAUGGGCGGGACAUUUAUGUCUCUCCCGGAGGAUUACCGGGAGCCCUUCAUCGCUCAACUUCACAAUGCACUGAGUGGCUAUCAAACGGAUAACGUUGACGAAGCAGUGCAGGCUGGCGAAAUGAGCAACAUCAAAUGCGUGGGAAUUACCAUCGAAACGCGACCCGACUACUGCUUGGACACCCACUUGAGCAGCAUGCUCCGCUACGGAUGUACCAGACUCGAGAUCGGUGUUCAGAGUUUGUACGAAGAUGUGGCAAGAGACACUAACCGUGGCCACACGGUUGCAGCCGUUGCGGAGACAUUCAAACUUGCCAAAGAUGCGGGGUUCAAAGUCGUCAGCCACAUGAUGCCAGACUUGCCUAAUGUUGGCAUGGAGCGUGACUUGUUCCAAUUCCAAGAAUAUUUUGAAAAUCCCGCGUUCCGAACCGAUGGCCUGAAGAUUUACCCUACCCUCGUCAUCCGUGGAACUGGACUCUACGAACUUUGGAGGACUGGUCGCUAUAAGAACUAUACCCCCAACGCGCUUGUCGAUCUUGUCGCGCGCAUCCUUGCCUUGGUUCCUCCCUGGACUCGUAUCUACCGUGUUCAGCGCGAUAUCCCCAUGCCCCUUGUCACUUCAGGAGUUGAGAAUGGUAAUCUGAGAGAACUUGCCUUGGCACGCAUGAAAGACUUUGGCACUACAUGUCGAGAUGUCCGCACGCGUGAGGUAGGCAUCAACGAAGUCAAGAACAAGAUCCGUCCGUCUCAGGUGGAGCUCAUUCGCCGUGACUACGCGGCCAACGGAGGUUGGGAGACGUUCCUCGCCUAUGAAGAUCCUACCCAGGAUAUCCUGAUUGGCCUGUUGCGCUUGCGAAAGUGCAGCCCUACACACACAUUCCGACCUGAAUUUACCGGUCAGCAAACCAGUAUCGUGAGAGAAUUGCACGUGUACGGCUCAGCAGUGCCACUGCACGGACGUGAUCCACGCAAAUUCCAGCACCGUGGGUUUGGAACUUUGUUGAUGGAGGAAGCCGAACGGAUUGCCCGAGAAGAGCACGGCAGCCGGAAGAUCAGCGUCAUUUCAGGUGUUGGUGUUCGCAGCUACUAUGCUCGCCUUGGAUAUUCCCUGGAUGGUCCAUAUAUGUCUAAGAUGCUCGACCCACUUGAAGGUGACGAUUUUGAAUAAGACUGAGAUAUCAGGGUUAUUUUCCUUUUUCUUUCAACUCCUGACAUGAUUGAUGAUACCAAACUGGGGAAACGAAUACCCAGAAAAAGUUGUCUUACGAGACUGGAUUGGCGUUGCAUGGAGUAUACCUCCUGGUGGGUGGGCUGCAUAUGUUUUCAUGUUUCUUCCGCGUCCAUAGUGAGAUUUUCAAAAAAUGACUUGUGUAUAUAUGCUUUGAGUAGUGCAUUGCAUAUGCUCUGUGGUGAAUGGGAAAGGUGCUCGACUUGCUCCUGUGCUAUUGGCGGUGCAAAUAAUCGAAGAGGAAAGCGAGACAGGAUCAAUAUACAAGGCUUAAGAGACUAGCUAAAAGAGAAAAAGAAAUAGAUCGGACA